AUGUUUGAAGUGACGGUGCUGGCGGUGGCGAAAGUCAUCGUCGCCGUUUGCAUCGGGGCUGCCACAAGCCAUCAGAUUCCGAACGCGUCCGUGACGGUCCGCGACUUUACGUUUCUGAUUGCCAACGUUUUGCUGCCGUGCCUCACGUUUCACAGUACAGCCUCUGCCGUGAACGUGGAGGUGCUCAUCCGCUGCUCCAUCCUCUUGCUCUUCGCGCUCAUGGCCAUUGGCACCGGGCUGCUCUGCGGGUUGGUGGCGUCGAAGCUGAUGUUCCGCGUGAGCCGCACCGGCAUCCCGCGGGAGCUGCGGCGCUCGCUGCGCUACGUGCUCGCCUACCGCGAUGCAGAGGGGGACGAAGCCCACCUUGUGGCGCGACGCGGCCACCGGACGCAGCUCAGGCCGGUGCUGUGCGUCGUAGUGAGUGGGGCGCUGGAGGAGCAGAGGGUGGAGCCGGAGGAGGUGCUGCCGCUGCUUGAGCCCCCCGGCGUCGAGUACGAGGAGCAGCCCUUCUACCACUACGCCGCGCUGAUUGCGUGCAGCCUGCAGAACAGUGUCACCCUUCCCCUGUCUCUGUUGCAGGCGCUGGCCGAGUCACUGGCGUGGAUUGACCUCGCCGUGGGAACCUCCUACAUCUUUCUCUACAGCCUGGUUGUCAGCACGGCCGUCUGGGGCCUGGGACCGAUGUUCGUCGAUCUUGGAAAGAAGGAGACUGAUAAGCGGCGGCAGAUGCGUGAGUUGCUGGAGCUGCAUAAGAAGCUGCAGCGCUGCCGCGAGGUUGCCACGCAGACGGAGGUGCAGGAGAGGUCCCCGCAGUUGGCCUCCCCGAGUGCGACGACGGUGUUUUCUCUUCCGGGCAGCAACGAGCCCGGGACAGUGCCGCUGCCGGCGGCCGUGCGAAGGAGCGCGGCCCGCGACGAGGAUGGAGGGGACGACGCUCCUGCCGAGUUGAACACCGUGGACGCCCGCAGCUCUGGGGAGCAGGCGGACAUGCCGCCCGGUCCGGGGCGCUGGCUGCUUGCCGCCACCCCCGCCACCUGCGAGGCUUUCCACUACAACUGGCGGGAGCGCGACUUUGUUCGGGUGAUGUACGCCAGCGACUUCCGAGAGGAGAUGGAGGCGACGCGGCAAAAAAGCAACGUCCUCGCGAGUUUCUGUCGUAGUUGCAAAAAAGUCGUUAUGCGACUCCUGCAGACGCUUGCCUUCACCUCAGUUGUGGCGGGCUUCAUCGUCGCGGUGACGCCGCCGCUGCGCUGGCUGCUCUUCGACGGGCCGCUCUCGAUGGUGAUGGACGCCAUCGGCUUCUUGGCGCAGGGCUCGAUUCCCUCCUCGCUGCUGUUGCUGGGCGUAAACCUGGUGGGGACCUCGCAAGCGAUGACGUCGGCGCCGGAGGUGCGGCUCCGCGAGGCGGAGCAAAACACCGAGUUCCCGCUGGACGACGUCUCCGCAGACCCAAGGUACAUGGAAGCCUACAACGAGGCACAUGAGGCGAUCGAGUUCGACGAGCACGCCUCGUUUGCGCCGGCGAGGCCGCAGCAGCACGAGCCCUUGGCCGUGCCUAUGGGGGUCCCCUGCGAGGCACCCGCGGCCGCGUCCGCCGCGGUUGGUGGUAGAGGCAGCUGCAGAUGCAGCUGCAGAGACAGCUACAGCGGGGUGAUGACCUCCCUGCGACGCGUCUUUGCGCUGCAUGGCGUCCGGAAGAGUUUUGUCUUCGGCAUCACCCUCAUUCGGCUGCUGGUGGUGCCGGCGGUGGGGUUCGCCAUGGUGCUGCUGCUGCGCAUGGCGGCUCCCUCGCUCUUUGGGGGGCGGCGGGAGCACAAUGUCCUGCUGCUCGUCCUCCUCGGCGAGCUGGCCGCGCCGUCGGCGCUCAACGCCACCAUCCUGUUCAACGCGCGGCGGUACAUGCCGGGGGCGUGGUCGCGCAUGCUCUUCGUCCAGUACGUCACCUGCGCCCUGACGUUUAUGCUGUGGUGCGUCCUCGCCCUCUGGAUCGUCACGUAG